AGAGUCAGCUGAUAUACUCCAUUCUCGUGUGAUCAACUCCAACAGCGAAUAUGUCAGGAAAAGACAGGCUACCAAUUUUUCCUUCUCGGGGAGCGCAAAUGUUGAUGAAAUCCCGUCUUGCGGGAGCAACAAAAGGUCAUGGGCUGCUUAAAAAGAAGGCUGAUGCUCUCCAGAUGCGUUUCCGUACAAUUCUGGGAAAAAUCAUUGAAACAAAAACCCUAAUGGGUGAGGUGAUGAAAGAGGCUGCCUUCUCUCUGGCAGAGGCGAAAUUCGCGACAGGUGAUUUUAAUCAAGUGGUUCUCCAGAAUGUUACCAAAGCGCAGAUUAAAAUUCGCUCGAAGAAGGACAACGUUGCUGGUGUUAACCUCCCAGUGUUUGAGUCCUAUCAGGACGGUACGGACACUUACGAGCUAGCAGGUCUAGCCAGGGGUGGACAGCAGCUGGCCAAACUCAAAAAGAACUACCAGAAAGGUGUCAAGUUGCUGGUUGUGCUGGCUUCUCUCCAGACAAGCUUUGUCACUCUCGAUGAAGUUAUUAAAAUCACAAAUCGUCGUGUCAAUGCCAUUGAGCAUGUCAUUAUACCCCGCAUUGAGAGAACGCUCGCUUAUAUCAUUUCGGAAUUGGAUGAACUCGAGAGGGAAGAGUUUUAUCGGCUCAAAAAGAUUCAGGAUAAAAAGAAAGUCAUUAAGGCUAAGGCUGAAGCUCAUCGACUGGAGCUGAUCGCAGCUGGUAAGGAAGUCGAUCCUGGUAGUAUGCUUGAAGAGGCAGAUGAUGAUUUGCUCUUUUAAUAAUAAAAAUAUGUAAAUAUCUACCGCGCAAAUUUCGAUGACAAAAAUUCAUUACCAUAUGAGAGUCUCUGACUGAGAAGGCAUAGAGCUCCCAAUGCCUCCUCCUUCACAGACUCAUGCCAAGCCUAAGUGACACAUGUCAAGAGAAAAUAAUAAGCAAGUAUACUAUUAUUGUACAAAGUAUUGUUCAUCGUCUUUCUUCAAGUUGAAGAAAAAUUUGCGGAAAAUCCGCUGUUUCUUCCGUCGUCAUCGAUAAGUCGUUUAAUGUUCAACACAUCGCGGAUUGUAUAUAUUAAUAAUUAGUUAUAGAUUCCUGGAUGUUUUAAUUUGAGAAAUAGGAAUUUGGUGAUUACGAUAGAUUGAGAGGUUGGUAAUCUUUCAAAAAUAAUUUUAAUUUCCAUUGUUUUCGUAUGCAAAUCCGUAUUUCUUUUUAAUAACAGGGGAACAAAAAAUAUUCCCAGAUAAGUCGACUUGUCCAUCACUCCACAGCUUGCAAUUAUAAUAUAAGAAUGAUGAUUUUUCCAAAUCACAUAUUAUAAAAUUAAUUCACUGGCUAUCAAUAAAUGAAUAGAAACUCUA